AUGCUGUUCCAUAAUUCUGACAUUGGCCUGAGUAAUUAUGUUAGCCAGAAAGAUAUUCCUGUUGAUCGUCCUGAUGCAGCUGAAGAUGAGAAUUCAUUUGCAUCAAGCAUGUUCUCCGAAAAGCUUGUCCAACCGGAAUUAAAUUUGGCCGUUGAACCUACAUCCACAACUGAUCACGAAUCGUUAAAUCACGAAAAUUCAUCCGUUGGGAAUAGAUUGUUGAAUUCUCAUUCAAGCACAAUGCGAGAUUCAGAUUCCCAUGUUAAUAUGGACGGGAUCUUAAUGCAAAGUGAGAGGAUGCUUUUAACUCCAAUUGCGGUUGCAACAGAUGAGGCUGGCAGCUCUGAGGGAGAGUAUGAAAAUGAGGGUCAAGACUCAAAUAUACAUCAGGCAAAUUCUUCACUUCAUCAUAGUCCUUGUAGAAAUAGAACAGGUAAAUCUAGCUUGGUUGGUACUUCAUGCAGUCAGCCAUUGGAACUUGUUGAGUCUGAAUCACAGGAAAGUAAGUAUUCUAAUUCAGCCAAAGCUUCUGUUUUGGAUUCCAUAUCACCUAAAUUAACUGAAUGCAAUUCUGAAAAGUCCGGGAAUUUGUCAACACGAAGCUCUAAUACAAACAAACCAAAUGAAUUUCUAGAAUCGUCAACAUCAAAUUGCUUUGUUGCACUGGUUAAGUGCAGUUCUCCACUUGAAAUUCUUUCUAACCAAACGUUGCCUGGAACUGCUGACUGUCAUCAAAGUGCAUCUUGCUUUCGAAAAUCGUCAGCUUUCACUAGUGCAAAUAAUUACCAUGACUUUUCUAGCAAUGAUGAUAUGAUGUUAGCAACCUGUCAUUCUUGCUGCUCUCACAGAUGCACCAAUCGAAACUGUGAUGAGGAUGAGGUGAAACCGGUUCUUUGUAGUUCAACAGAUCAACUUUCACAACAUGAUUUUCAUCCAGCUAUAAAAUUGGUCGAUUUCUCUCGGGAAUCUCAACAUAACGGUGUUGUUAUAAAGUCCGAACCACCUUCAGUAUUCAGUGCAGCUGGUGACAGCAGCAACAACUUUCUCUCGAAUCAACAUCAAGUGGUUAAAAAAUGUGAAGAAGUGUUCUCAGAAAAUGUUCCUUCCUUUUCCCCUGCUUCUUCGGAGAUGUCUACUACUUGUGAUAAAAAUUGUGGUAAUCGUCACAACAGUAUCUGCGAUAGUCCUGUGCCUCACUGUGUAAAUAAUAUUCAAAGUCCAGAGAGUGAAAGUCAUAGCUAUCCACUUCGAUCCCGCCUACGACAGACAUUUUUACGACAACAAUGGGAAGCCCUGCAAGCAGCUCCAAAGUCAUUUGGCCAGUUACCUACAGAAGUUAUGUUUCGUAUAAUUCAUUAUUUGAGUAUAAAUAAAUAA